AUGGGUGGUUUAGGCUGUGAUAAUAUGACUGCAAUUUUGGUGUGCUUGCUUCAAGAAGACACAUCAGAAGCGUAUAUGAUGCGUUGCUCUCGUGAGGUGAUUGUAUCUGCUGCUGGAGAUACAGUUAGUUUGGACAGUGAGCCUUUUGUCACUCCGCAACUAUCUCCUAUUAGAAUUGAAUCCAUGGAGGUUAGCCGUUAUUAUUUUGGAUUAGAUGGCAUUUUUAAAGCUGAGCCUCUUUUUGCUGAGCUAAACAGUCUGGGUAAGUUAAUUAGCGUGGAACAGAGUGAAGAAAAUAGUGAAAACGAGAAACCUCCGCGAGAGUUCUUGAUUGAAUUGGACAAAACAAAGUCAACUAAUGAAAUGAAUGAAUUUCUGGACGUAAAUUCGUACAAUUUUCGUGUUGCUCGAAGUCAGAAAUUAAGGACUUCGGUAGAUGGCAAACAAUUAUUUGUCGAGAUAAAACACUGCGUUGUGAUCAGUCGUCAUCUGCUACCUGGUAACCACGAAGACAAAGAUGAAGACGACAUUUAA